AUGUCAGACACACCCACUAGUACUGGUUUUUCCGCCAUUGUCAAACAUCCUCAGUAUUUCAUUCCCACUGGGGACACCCAAUUUUUAGCACAGAACGUACUGUUCAAAGUACAUCGUUAUUUCUUCGAGCGCGAACCAAGUUCCUUUAGAGAGAUAUUUUCCGAUAGCGAUGGCAAUACCAAGCCUUAUACAUUGGAUGCCAAACCCGAAGAUUUUGCCCACUUCCUGUGGGUGUUCUACGACGAAGACUUCGAAUACGAGAACCAGCCGCUUGAGAGGUGGCUCGUGAUCUUGAGGCUCGCAACACGGUGGGGCUUUGGCAAAGUGCGAAAGCUGGUGGUCCGUCAGCUCGAGAAACUCGACCUACAACCUAUCGACAAGAUCAAGAUCUAUUCUGACUUCAAGAUUGAUGCCCAGCUGCUGAUACCAUCAUACUCGACAUUAGCAAAGAGCCCCACGCUCCCUUCUUUAUCAGAGGCUGCAAAGCUUGACAUCGAAACGAUUCUCAGGCUCACUAUGGUGAGGGAAAGAUCGUUGCAGAAGGCGGCAGAGGAUGGAUGCCGUUCACCAACGAGUGCGAGCGCCGGGGAUGAAGACGUCAAAAGAUUCAUAUGCGAGAUUUUUGGACUCCCCAACACCUCAACGACUAAGCCACCCAACACUGCUGCUGAAGGAGGUUCCACAGAUGAUACCACGGGAGGCUCGGUUCCGACUUUACGGAAUCCCACUCCGGGAGAGAGGAAGAAGAAGAAUGCCAACGCAAAUGGCACCUCCAGCGCGAAUGGUCAGCACACAAAUGGAAAAACAACCCCCUUCUAG